GCGGGUGUUCGACUGUAAAAAUAUAUUUCGAUUUUCCAUAUUGAUAUUUAUGUUAGUUUAAUUAUUGAUUUUAUAUUUACAAGACAUGUAAAGUAUAUAUCAGGAAAAUGCCAACUAUAAUUGCAUUAGACGUAUCUCUGUCUAUGAGUAGAUUAGUGAAAUGUGAAAGUACUACAGAAGAUUUUGAUAAACGGAAUCUAGCUAUCCAUGGAAUAAAUACUUUAUUAGAUUAUAUCAGCUCUAAUUGUAAAUUAGAGUUCAUUUCACUAGUGGUAUUUUCCUAUCUAUAUGAACAGUUAGUUAGUUUUACAAGAGAUUAUGAUAGUAUUAAAACAGCGUUAAAUAAAGUUGAGGUUUAUAAUAAAACAUGUAUAGAGACAGUAUUAACUGGUAUUAGUGCUAUUAUAUUAGAGGAAUGGGGAAACAGUUCUCCUUGUCAGGUUGUCUUAGUGACAGAUGGUAGUCCAGGAAUUGGUCAAGGUUCAUUAAAACAUUUUUUACAAACAUACAGUGAAAAUGAUGACCAAACAAACAAUGCCAAAUCUCCUGUGCCAUUCAAAUUUCCGUGUAAACUACAUGUAGUGUGUAUAGCUAAUAAUAAUGACAGUGAACUUAAAAACUCUCUACCUCUAUAUGAGAAACUGAUAGAAAUCAAUGGCCAGGGUGGUGAAGUAUUUUAUCCAGAAGGACAACUCAAUUUAAAAUCAGUGCAACAAACUUUUUCAAAUUUAGCAGAGAAAUACUUUAAUCCAUUUCAUGGUAUGUUACAUUGUGGAAAUCUUAAGAAUGCUGUUCAUGUUUAUCCUGCACCAAUACCUUAUACUGUUGAAACAGAUGAAGGGAAGGUAGAAAGAAUGAUAUCACAUGAAUUACAUAUUUGUGGGUUUUUAGAUAUAUCUGAUGUAUCAAGCCCUCCCACCAUAUCUCGUCAUUUAGUUAUACCAAGAUCUAAACAACAAGUUAAAGAUGAUUCUAUAAAUAAAGAAGUGAAAGUAGAAGAUGAAGAAGAUUCUAUAAUAGAUGAUGGUAAAGUUCCAGCUUUCACUGUCAUGUUACAUGGUAGUUUAAAAGUUGAGAGUAUGGUGGCUGUAACUAAAGUGGGAGAAGAUUGGUAUGGUAUAUUAUUUUCAUGGGCUGAUAGUAAAAAGAAAUCUAACUUAUUACUUGCAUUGUUUGAACCAGGAAAGCAUGCAGUGAGCUGGCUGGGUGAUUUAAACAAAUUGGCACCACUCUCAGAUUUCCAUGAAUCUCCCUAUGGUGCUGAUGAUACCAAAACACCUUUUCCAAUUAGACCGUCAGAUAAACGUAGUUAUGCUCAAAGUUGUGUUGUUUGGAUCAAACCUAAUGGCUUACAGGCUGAUUUACAGAAAGUUUUACGUCACGCUCGUAAAUUACCAGACAAACAGCAACAAUUUUAUAAGGAAUUGAAUAGAAUAAGAAGAGCAGCACUAUCAUUUGGUUUCCUGGAACUAUUAGAUGCCAUAGCUACCAUGAUAGAAAGGGAAUGCACCAUGUUACCAGGGACAGCCCACCCUAGUGCUGCCCUACAGUUGUCCCAUGCUGUCAAUACGUUACGAAGUGAGAUGGCUUCAGACGCCUCUCAGAUUAUAUUACCUUUACAAACUAACUUUAGUAAAACUGAAUAAAAUAUAGAAAUAU